UAUUUUGCUGGAAUCGGUUCUUCCGCGGGGCGGAAGAGGUAUGUCUGCCUGUUCCCAGAUCAUUUCCAGCCCCCUUUCCUAGCAGGAACCCAUGAGUAAGCUGUGGCGGCGCGGGAGCACCUCUGGGGCUAUGGAGGCCCCUGAGCCAGGCUCUCCUUCCGCAGGGGAGGCGCUGGAGUUGAGUCUGGCGGGUGCCCACGGCCACGGAGUGCACAAGAAAAAGCACAAGAAGCACAAGAAGAAACACAAGAAAAAACACCAUCAGGAAGAGGAAGCUGGGCCCACGCAGCCGUCUCCUGCCAAGCCCCAGCUCAAACUCAAAAUCAAGCUGGGUGGGCAGGUCCUGGGCACCAAGAGUGUUCCUACCUUCACUGUGAUCCCUGAGGGGCCCCGGUCCCCCUCUCCCCUUAUGGUUGUGGACAAUGAAGAGGAACCAAUGGAAGGAGUCCCCCUUGAGCAGUACCGUGCCUGGCUGGAUGAAGAUAGUAAUUUGUCCCCCUCCCCACUUCGAGAUUUGUCGGGGGACUUAGGGGGUCAGGAGGAAGAGGAGGAACAGAGGUGGCUGGAUGCCCUGGAGAAGGGGGAGCUAGAUGACAAUGGAGAUCUCAAGAAGGAGAUCAAUGAACGGCUGCUCACUGCUCGACAGCGAGCUAUGCUCCAGAAGGCGCAGAGUCAGCCUUCCCCGAUGCUGCCGCUGCCUGUGGCUGGGGGCUGCCCGGCCCCCGCCCUCACCGAGGAGAUGCUACUGAAGCGCGAGGAGCGGGCUCGAAAGAGGCGGCUCAAGACGGCAGCGCCCAGCGGGCGUGGGGGCCGAGGGGCCGCGAGGGGGGAGCGGCGGGGAGGGCGGACCGCGGCCCCGGCCCCCAUGGUGCGCUACAGCAGCGGGGCACAGGGUUCCACCCUUUCCUUCCCACCUGGCGUCCCCACCCCCGCACCAGUGUCUCAGCGGCCACCCCCGCCUGGCCCUCCUCCACGGUGUUCGGUCCCUGGGUGUCCGCACCCGCGCCGCUACGCCUGCUCCCGCACGGGCCAGGCACUCUGCAGCCUGCAGUGCUACCGCAUCAACCUGCAGAUGCGCCUGGGGAGACCCGAAGGCCCCGGGUCCCCCCUUUUGGCUACUUAAGGCCCGUAACCAGGACUCUGUACCCUCCCCCCUGCCCGAUUCAGUGUCUUCCUUAUUAAAUGUUAUCCGGUGCCUCGA